CCUCCACUCCCAGCAACGCUUCAAGGAUGAGGUCCCUUCGGAAAUCAGAUUAAGGUCGGCGCUGCAUGCUGGGAAUCAGAAGACCCAAAAUAGGAUUGGCUGAGACUUUUCCCGGCACCGCCGUCCUCUCAGGCUGGCCCGUGGGAGAAGGGAGAGGGCGCUGCGCACUUCCUGUAGACGCCGGCAAGCAACGGCCUCGGCGCGUCUCCGCCUCACCAGGAAACUACUAAAGUUCCUGUGGACGCAAAGUAGAAUUUCAUAAGAACAUAAUGGAUGGAGAAGAGAAAACCUAUGGUGGCUGUGAGGGCCCUGAUGCCAUGUAUGUCAAGUUGAUAUCUUCAGAUGGUCAUGAAUUUAUUGUAAAGAGAGAACAUGCGCUAACAUCAGGAACAAUAAAAGCCAUGUUGAGUGGCCCAGGUCAGUUUGCUGAGAAUGAAACUAAUGAAGUCAAUUUUAGAGAGAUCCCUUCACAUGUGCUAUCGAAAGUAUGCAUGUAUUUUACCUACAAGGUUCGCUACACUAACAGCUCCACGGAGAUUCCUGAAUUCCCAAUUGCACCUGAAAUUGCACUGGAACUGCUGAUGGCUGCGAACUUCCUAGAUUGUUAAAUAAAAUAAAUUAUAAUAAACUGUUAACUCUUUUUCAGUAUUUAAUACCUGUAGUUCAGUUAGUACUUUUUUCAUAUAUAGCAUGUUGCCUGUGUGCAGUUGAACUUUAAAGUUCAUUGCAAAGCAGAUUAUCUUCUGUUCUUUUGCAUAGCAAUCAGAGUUGAAGUUUGUUUGCUACAUCAACAAAUUAAGGACAUUUUCACAAAUUGAUAAAUAAACAAAUAUACCAAUUCGUA